GCGGGCUUGUCAGACGUCACAACGGGGGUUACUGUUGUGCUAGGUAGCUAGCCUGAGUAAUACCAGGCGCCGUUUUAUAUAUAUAUAUAUUUUUUUUUUCUCCCCCAGCUCGAGUUUUCUAUUUCUACUAUUUGGCUAAUGUUGGAUAGACCAGCAUGGAUUUCGACGAAUUGUUUAGUGAACGAACAUUUCAGUUUUCUGACUUUCAGGAGUUUACGUUUCUUCCUGGACAUCAGAAACUGUCAGAGAGAGUGCGGAAGCGAUUGUACUAUAGCCUGGAGCAAGACGGCUCUCCAGAUUCCCUUUCCUGUCCUGUUACAGAUAUUGCUGUGGAACUCCUUCAGAAAUCUGCCCCGAGCCCAAUUCGAAAACUACACAAGAAAUAUGCUGCUCAUGUCGCGAGGGAGGCGUGCAUCUCUCCAUGUGCCAUGAUGUUGGCCCUGGUCUACAUCGAAAGGCUACGACACAGGAACCCCGAAUACCUGCAAAAGAUCUCCUCCUCGGACCUCUUCCUUAUCUCCAUGAUGGUUGCCAGCAAGUAUUUGUACGACGAAGGGGAGGACGAGGAGGUGUUCAACGACGAGUGGGGGGCUGCUGGGAAACUGGACGUCCAGACUGUCAACACUCUGGAGAUGAAUUUCCUCGACGCCAUUGAGUGGAGCCUCUUCACUGAGCCCGGGGACUACUUUGGCAUACUGAAUCAACUCGAAACCAGUAUUGCAGAGAAGCAGGGGAUGAAGCGAGGCUGGUUCACCUACACCGACCUCUGUGUGCUGCUGGAGCAGGCGGCGUGGCGACAGGCACUGACGGCCAUCUACCUGCACUUUGCCAAGGUGACCUGCAUGCUGGGGCUGGUGUAUCUGACCAGUGUUGCGGGCCUUAUCGCCACCAGCCUCCCCAGGAGCAGCCAGCCCCUGGCCCCAGUCCGCCAAGUCCCCCUGCUGAGCUCCAGCCUCUCUCCACCACCACUAGGCCUGCUCCCAGUCCCGGAGACCACCAGUCCAGCAUCCGACCUCCCUCGCUGCUGCGUCUUGGGCAACGACAGUCACAACCGCCGGCCUGGCACUCUGCACACCCACGACGACCACAACCACGGCUCGCCAACCUCCUCCCAGACCUCUAUACUGUGUCUAUGGGGCUCUAUCCUCACUUCGCUAAGCCACACUGACCCACACCCCCAGCCCGACACUGAACCAGCCUUGUCCGCCUCCUCUCUGCACUGCCCCGGCUGCCAGGUUACAGUGGGGAGCCUCCCUCCUGGCUCCAUCCAGUGCGGCCCACAGAACACCUCUGCUCCGCUACUAGAGCCUGGACACCCUGGUCACCCGGCAGCACCGUGGCUGGCCCCUGCCCCCCUCCUCUACGGAGCCGCCCCGAUGCUCCUGGACUCCCGUCUGACUGGCAUGGCGCCGCUCCGUGUCGGACCCUGCUGCCCACAGUUCAUGCUGCCCAUCGAGAAAGCCCCAUCUCUCCUCAUGCCCAGCUAGACGCAGACGGACAAAACAAGCCACUAUCGUUACCCUUCAAUGACGAUGACGCCGGACUCCAAAUGAAACCAGCUGGUUUUUCAGAAUGCAUCCGUUGCAGUGAAAGGAAAGUGAAUUUUUGUUUUGUAUGUGCUUUUUUUUUGCAUAUACUGUCUAAAUUUGAGAUAAGGGGCCCCUAAAGGUGAGUAGCACAUUUUGUACAGUGGUUUGCCAGCUGAAUUGGUGUAAAUAAGUAAGAUGAACUCAUAACAGCGUGAGAUUUGAGUUCUGUGCUCAGGCACUUAUCUUUUCCAAUGUAUAUUUUUCAAAGGUUGGAUCACGCAGCUUUUCAAUAGGUGUUUCUAGAAGGUGUGUACAUGGCAAACUAAUAUUUCAUGUUUGGUUUAAAAAUACACAAAUAUGUCUAAGCAUGGCUACCAUACUCGCACAGUGUUUGUUACUACCUAAUCUUUAGCCUGGGUACCAGAUUUGUUUGUGGAAUGAUGGAACAAACAGACUGGUACCCAGGCUACCUACACUUUACCUAUGUUUGAAAAUGGGGGGAUUGUGGGGGUUGGGCUAAGUCAUGUUGUUAGAUGGAAGAGUUCAGUUUUGAUGUGACAUCAUAGCCAUUUGAGAAUGUUGAGAAAGUAAGUUGUCUCCACAAAAGCAAGGCUGCCUUCUAAGUCAGUACUGUAGUGCUUUAAGAAGGGAGUCAAUUUAGCCUGGUGCCAGAUCUUUUUGUGCUCUUGCCAACUCUUGCUCUCCUUGUCAAGCCAAACAUUGCAUGACAAGGAGUUGGAUUGAUGGCACAAACAGACUUGCACUCAAGCUAGAGACAACUAGCUUGCCUACAUUUCAUUUGCCAUGGAGUCUUUGGGUCAUUAUUUUUCUCAGUUACUGCAGUUAUUUUUAAAAUGUUAACAUAUUUAUGCUUUUUGGGGGGUUUGUUAAUAAUAACUAGACCAGCAAAGCCACAGAUGGAUACUGGUCCCUGCACUGAACAACAGUAGAGAUUCAUUUAUUUUUAUUAUUAUUAUUAUUAAAAAAACAUUAAAUUCAUAUCUCAGUAUGGCUGCCCCUCAAGUCUUGUUCAUUAGGGCACAUCGUAGCGAAAUGCUUUAGACCGCUUUGCAACAGUAAACAAACAUUUGUUUCUGAACAUGACCCUGAACUCUGAUAGCACUGGGUGAGAUGCAACUCUGAGAGUGUAGCCUUUUUAGUAGUUUUUUUUUCAAGUAACUAUUUAUUUUACCAUGACAGAAUGCAGUGGCUCUCUCUGAUGUCAUGUUUUUCCAACAGAAUGCAGUGGCUCUCUCUGAUGUCAUGUUUUUCCAACAGAAUGCCACGCAACUGAAAUAGGUCAUAACCAGUUUACUGUUUGCCAUUGUUUAUUUUUUUUAAAUAAGCGUUUUGAAUACGACGGCGCCUGACAUCAAACAUGAUUGUUUUGGAAAUGUAUCUAAUGAUUGCAAUUUUCAUCCAAUAACCUUUUCAUGGAAACCUAACAUCCUCAUAUGGGUGAGUUGUAUUGUGCAAAACACAACUUUUCAUUAAAACAUUAUUAUUAUUUUUUUAAGAUCUGUUUUUCAAUUUUUGCAAUUAAUUAGUAUCCCUCUUUAACAUACCCAUUUUUUGGUCGGGGAGACCUGACCAACAAAGUCACUCAUACACCAUUUUGUCUUCUCUUCCUGCUCAAAAAUGGAGAAUGUCUUCUUUCUGCAUAGAAAUAGAAUUCCUCGAAUGGGGAUAUCCAUUCUUGAAUGGGGAUGUAAAUUCUAAGUCAUACUGCUUCUAUGUAUCUCAUCCUGGAAAAACAGUUAGCACUUCUCAUAUUUUUCUACUCAAGAUAGUUUCUUGCUAGGGAAUUUAUGAUUAUUUGAACAUUUGACUUGGUUUUACAUUGACACGUUUCUAAAUAAAACCUUUUUCAAAUCGGACUGAGAUUUUGAAGCAUGAAAUCCUUGAAUUUUGUAAACCAUGUACAAAACAUUCAAUGUGUAGAAAUCUGUAAUAAAAUGUUUGACCCUUU